AUGUUGUGGCUAAAGUCAUACAUAUUCCGAACGCCAAAAUAUAUAGUUCCUUUACAAAAUAUCUCGUUUAUCUUCAUAAUAUAAACGUAUGGGUGUUUAAUAACAGGUGAUUAUAUUUUGACUAACAUAGGAAUGUUUGCAUUCCAAUAAAAUUACAAAAAUUGGUACAAAAGCGCAUCUAUUGAAGUCAAAACAAGCGUGUGUACUUGCGAGUACAGUAAUAUUAAAUUUAUGCAUGUGCGUGAUUUCGCGUAUAAUUUUGCAAAGAGAAAAUAAUUCGACAAAGGGGAACUCUCCCCCUUUCACGAUGAUGCGGCUUAUUAUGUCACACGAUUCUCUCUAUCUCCCCCUCAAGUUCCGAUGUAUACUCGUGAUGCUGUUUGGAAUGCUGAUGACUACGACACACUACGCUGCUAAAGCCGCUAUCACACUUGAUAGCGUUUCACAACCUUUUUUUUUAUUGAGUUUCUCGAUACAAUAAAAGUAAGCUACAAUAACGAUAAGAAAUCUCUUUAUAAUCCGCGCUUAUCAAACAUUUUAUUAAUGUAUGUAGAUAAUAAUAACGCAUUAUUUAUAAUUCGCGUAUAAUUCUUUGUGAAAUAUAUCUUCUGCUAUGAUCAAAAAAAUAUGUUUAGUCUUGUGUUGUGCGACACGCAAUUUGGCACAAGCCACUACCGCGUGCAACUAUUUCAAGUUCCAUGUACACGCGUUCCCUCGAAUUUAGCGGACACAGUUUGUGUAGAUACGCUGGUAAAAAUAGUAAACUCGAUGGAGUUAGUUGCGUGUAAUCGCUUCAUAACGGAGAGCUAUUCUUUCACUAAAUAUAUACCGCCACAUAUACAUGAAUUUAAAAAUAUUUCGAUGUCACACUAUCGUACGUCGUAUCAAAUUUUACGUUAUUUGACAUUUCUCUCGACAUUUGUAAAAUUUCUGAAAAGUUAAGAUUUGUAAGCUACGUAUUUUAAAAUUCUAAAUGGCUCCACAACAGAUCUGUGACAUCUUUAACUCGCAAUUCACACUAUUUUUUCUUCAAAGUGGACUGGUAGCUUCUAAAGCUUGUUAAAGCUUUUAUACUGUCAAAUUAUAUUUAUCCAACAAUAACAUGGUUUCUUGGAGCUUAGAGACUCUAAACCCCGUUUUAAUCGUAUAGACAGCUUAUUGUAACGCAUGGAUGGUAAGUCUCAGUAUCGAAAGUUCGAAACUAACAAUGCAAACUUUGACUUUACGGAUUAUCUUCGCAAAGUCGUACUAAAACGACGAUAGAUCUAAAGUCACUGUAGCGAUUUUAAUCCGCGGAGGUAAUCCCAAUGAGAGAGUAAACCCAGCAUGGUGGAGAGGGCCAUGCGAUUCAACAAAAGGAGAGAAACAGAGACGUACGGACAGCAGAAUCUCGAAGGAAGAAACGAGAGGCGAGCGACGGGGCGUUCCGACCAGAAAUAGAAAAGCGGCACGAGAGGAGUAGAGUCGCUAAGUAUCUCAGCUAAGGUGGUGCGUUCCAUGUGAGUCUCUUCGUGCCGGAUCGGACUCGGUAGUACGCGUCGAAGCAUGCCACGCGGCAUCUCAAUGAGAUCCUCCCUGAGGAGCCGAGACUCGUCCUCGACGUCGACCGGGGUCGAUCCUCGGGAACGUGUCAAGGACUGCUGCCGAAAGUUGGUGGCUUUCAUGUGCACUCAGGUCGGUGUGGGCGGUCUGGUUGUGGGUUACACCAUUGUGGGUGCCUUCGGCUUCAUGAUGAUCGAGUCGCAGAGCGAUACGACGACGACGACGGACGUGUGCGUGCGGGAGUAUAUUCGUCGGGAAUACGCCGACGAGCUGUGGUUCAGCACCGCCAGCAAUCAAUCGGUCAACGUAUUCAACCAGACCGCCUUCUACGUGGUGUCAAACAGCAUUCUGCAACGAUAUCAGGAGAAUAUUACUAACGGCAAGCGACAGAAGCUAAACUGCAACGGCCUGACGCCUGCCGAGGUCUGGUCGUUCCCAGCGGCGUUGAUGUUCUGCCUCUCGGUGAUCACUAUGAUCGGCUACGGCAGCCUGGUGCCGAAGACCCAGUGGGGCAAAGGCGCCACCGUGAUCUACGCCGUUCUAGGCAUUCCGCUGUACGUGCUCUACUUUCUGAACAUGGGCAAGGUGCUCGCGCAGACUUUCAAGUGGCUGUACACGCGGGGAUACGAGUGCACCGGUCAGCGGAAACCUGGACAGAGGACCAUCGUACCCUCGACCGCUUGCCUGUGGGUGAUAUUCGGCUACAUAGCGGUCGGUUCGAUCAUGUUCGCCGAGUGGGAAGGGUGGGACUAUCUGGACAGCACUUACUUCUGCGUCACCUCGCUCUGCAAGAUCGGUAUGGGCGACCUAGUUCCAGGCUGGAGUCAGCAUGACUCUCUGGAGGACAGCCAGACGAAGCUCAUCAUCAACUUUGUGUACUUGUUGCUGGGCAUGGGUCUGAUAGCCAUGUGCUACAAUCUGAUGAAAGAGGAUGUUUACGUGAAGGCUCGAGAACUCAAGGAUCAGCUGAACCAAGUAAUGGAUGCAAUUCAUUAUAAAUUAAUGACGUGUUGCAAAUCGGAAACUACGGAUUGAGGAGUCGAAAAAGAAUCACAGGAUGAAUUAUGGAAGUUGGGAAUAACGCUCAAAUUGGAGACCGGAAGAACUUGGAGCCUCAUCGAAGAACAGAUCUCUUUGUAAUCGGCGCGAGAACUUUUAUAAAUAUAAAGAAAAGACAAGAUAUUAUAGAAUAUCUAUAUUCUAAUUUUGAUACGUUAAAGAGAGUUAAGAGAUUUUCAUCUGAGAAACAAGUUGUCAGAUUUUCGAUACGUGAUUUUUAAAUGAUAACUGGAAAUUAUAGAGAGAAAUAAAAAUUGUAGAAUAAAUGCUGCAAUUUCUGUCAAAUACAUUGUACAACUAAUUGUAAAAUUUAUAAUUUUUGUUAUUGCAUUAAUUAUUAAUAUCAUUGAUAAGAUAAUAAAAUUGUUAGUAUUUUUAUUUGAUAGACUUAAAUAUAAAUAGGUUAAGCUUCAGAUAAAGCGUCUAAUCGACGGUGCGUUAGAGCAGUUUGCUCAUGAAACAUAAAUCGUGAUUUAUAUCAACUGUAUCAAUGAUAUUUUUAUUAUAUCGUAAAAUUGACAUUGAGUCACGUCACCUAUCCUCAUAAAUAGCAUGUUCGAGAUGACGAUGUAUAAGUUUACAUAUUGAUCACUAGAGAUAUCCGGUCACUCCGAGGAUUCUUGCGAUAGAUUAUUUGCGUUCGCUGAUAUUGGAAAUGUGUCGUUGAAAUAUAAUCUUUUUAUAUCUAACAUCACAGAAUUAUCAACAUUUUUCUGGAAAUAAUAAAAUAAAAUUGUAAGACAUA